AUGAAUGUUCCUAGGUUAUACAUGUAUAGGUGUGUGUGUGUGUGUAUGUGUAACAUUGUUUAGCAGUUGGAGUUAAAUGUUAAUUAUGGCUGUAGCAAUUAGGAAUACCAUAGGCAGCCACUGUCUUAAAAACUCAGGUUCACUAUUAUGGGCAGUUUCCUCGAAGCGUGUUCGAAGCGAUUUCUCCCAGGAACCCAUUGGUCCCAAGGUUGUCACGCAAGUUCCUGGGCCCGAGUCCCUUCAACUGUUGACGCAACUUGAUCAAAUUCAGAACACGGAUGCCGUGGCUUUUUUCGCGGACUAUGACAAAAGUUGUGGGAACUACAUCGUAGACGCCGACGGCAACGUCAUGCUUGACAUGUUCACCCAGAUGGCGUCCAUUCCUGUUGGUUACAAUCAUCCAAAGCUAAAAGAAGUAAUGAGUAAAAAAGAAAAUUGGACCACCUUCGUCAACAGACCGGCGUUGGGUGUCUCUCCCCCGGGCGACUGGACAGAACUCCUCAAUGGACAACUUUUAUCAGUGGCACCUUUAGGCAUGAAACAGGUACAGACAAUGGCAUGCGGUUCGUGCACGAUAGAAAACGGACUGAAAGCCAUGUUCAUAGCCCAUGAGAGGAGGCGGAGAGGGGGAGCGCCACCUACACCGGAGGAGAUGUCCUCCUGCAUGUGUAAUCUUCCGCCAGGGAGCGCUGACAUCACCAUCUUGUCUUUCACUGGGGCCUCUCACGGGUGGACCCUAGGGGCACAGGCAGCCAGCCAUGCCAGCUGGCAGCAGAAGCUGGACUUGCGGAGCAUGAAGUGGCCAGUGGUUGACUUUCCGUGUUUGAAAUAUCCUCUAGAAGAACACGAAAGAGAAAAUCGACUAGAGGAGGGACGAUCCCUCAGCGAGGUAGCUGACAAGAUAGAGCGAUAUAAAAAAGAUGGCCGCCCUGUGGCAGGAUGCUGCGUGGAACCUGUUCAAUCAGCAGGGGGAGAUAACCACGCCAGUCCGUGGUUCUUCCAGCAACUACAGCAAAUAUGCAAAGAAAAUGGUGUAGCUCUUUUGAUGGACGAAAUCCAGACGGGAUGUGGAUCCACGGGAAAGUUUUGGGCCCACGAAUAUUUCCAUCUCCCGGAGCCUCCGGAUAUCGUUGCUUUCGGUAAAAAGAUGAUGACUGGCGGGUUCUACUACAGAGAGGAAAUGAGACCUCAGGAGCCUUUCCGAAUAUUUAACACGUGGGUCGGUGAUCCCUCCAAGAUCGUGUUGCUGCGAGCUGUACUAAGUACCAUCAGAGAUGAACACCUUUUGGACUUGGUAUCAGACACCGGGGGCCACCUGUUGAAGGGGCUACGGGAACUAGAGCUCAAAUAUCCCUUUUAUGCUAGUAACGCGCGUGGACUCGGAACUCUCUGUUCUUUGGAUUUUCCAAACACUUCCGAGAGAGACCAAAUGAUCAUCGGUUUGCGGAACAGAGGUGUCAAUACAGGUCCAGGUGGCGAGAGAUCCCUCAGACUUCGGCCGUCCUUGACCUUCACUAAAGGUCACGCUGACAUAUUUUUAGAAAUUUUGGAAUCAACAAUACAAAACAAUUGCAAUUUAUGAAUAAAGCUCAAUUUUGCUACGUUG